GGGGGGGUUGGGAAGUGGUGACGUCUCCAACCUGCUGACAACACCCAACUUGUAAGGUUCAGCAGUUCGGGGUCUGAUUCGACCGGUUUGUUUUUUAUCUGGGAAACAUGUCAGCUCCAGGCUCCUCAAGUAACCCACCAGCUGGACCAACUCCCUAUGGCAGCAACAGGAAGCUGCAGCAGACCCAGGCCCAAGUGGAUGAGGUCGUGGAUAUCAUGAGAGUGAAUGUGGACAGAGUCCUUGAACGAGAUCAGAAACUUACAGAGUUGGAUGACCGAGCUGAUGCGCUUCAAGCUGGUGCAUCUCAGUUUGAGACCAGUGCUGCAAAACUAAAACGCAAAUAUUGGUGGAAGAACUGCAAGAUGUGGGCAAUAUUAAUAGCUGUGGUCCUGAUCAUCAUUAUUAUCAUAGUUGUUUGGCAGACCACAUAAGACCAGCAUCUUGCCUGUUGGAAAUUGGAGGCAGAGGAGGAUUUCUGGUUUCAACCCACCUUAUCGACUAUGUUUUUAAGGGUUCACUUGUCUAUUGGUUUAAACAUUAAGUGUUGGGGGAGAGAUUUUGAUUUAUAAUCAGGAGUUCAGGUAAAAUUUCAAAAAAAAUUGGGGCAAGUUAAAACUGAGAUUAAUGUUGAUUACCCACUGUAAUUGUGAUGGACAGACAAGGCAACAUGACAUUUGACAACUUCAGAAUGAUGGAUGUUGCUGUUGCCGUCUUAGUCUUGGGUGGGACCAAUCCUUCUGCAGGAGAGUUGAAGUCCUAAUAGUAUAAAUUCUUAAUUGUCUUUGUCCCUUCAUUAAAGGAGACAGCUAAACACCUGAACUCCUGGUCAUGAUCGUUCUUUUUCAAGAUGUCUGUUGUCUGUAAUUGUCAAAAUAAGCUGAUGGGACUUGCAUUCUCCCCCAUUUUCCCAAGCUAUCACUUUUUUUUUUAAAACACACAUUGUAAAUUCUUGACAAAUUAAAACCCAUGGGUUUUAAAUGAAGCAACAGUGCAAAUUAAAAUGUUGGCAGGCUGCAGUUGCUAGUCUUUGACAUUAGGACUGGGCAAAGAUAGAGUAAUGAUCAUGAAUGUUAUGCAUGUAGAAAUGUGGGCUACCUGCAUGUCAAACCUUUAAGGAAACGAGGGGCAAAAAGGUGAGACAGCUAGUCAACAACUGUAUUGUCCCCUUGUAUCUGGCUUUUCACAGAACCAAAGUCAGAGGGUAGCGGGUUUCCUUUUGCUAGUAGAAUCAAAACAACAGGAGAACAGUUCCUGAACCUGAAGCUUCUAAUUCUUCUCUGCUUUCAGUUCAAUUUCUGUUGCUUUUAUCAAGCUGUUAGUGAAAGUUUCUCCUGCUUUGAGGUCAGAUGAUAUAGUUUUAAAGCAUCUUUUUGCAAGAAUUUUAUUGUGUUUCUGCCUCCCCUCAUUAUUUCAAGAUGAACUUUGAAUUGAAGGAAACUGUAACCUUGACCAUCCAUCCUAUAUCAUCUUCAGCACCAGUCGUCACUGUUGGGUCUGGAAAAAGCCUUGAAUGUGUCCUGUCCUCUGAGCUGAAAGUGAUAAUGAGGGUACUGACAGUGACCUCUUGGAAUGAACUGUAGUAGAAUGUUGCACUUUCAGAUUUGCUCAUUAACAGAAUUUUUUUGUCAAUAUUGUCCUCAGUGUGCUGGUUCCCUCUAUCCCGUUUUGCAAACACUCAAAGGAAAGCCAAAAACAAAGCUUGCUUGUGCCUUAUCUGCUCAAUGUCCCAGAUGAGAUGAAAGUUCAAGUUACAAAUUUCAAAUUUACAUGGGUAUUUAGAUUCUAAUCUGAUAUGUGCCUUGCUUGCUGGCAUUGGGCUUUUAUGCACAACUCGUGGAUCGUGACAAGUAGUGAGAUGUUUCCUUUUGAAUUAUUUUAGAAAAGAAACUCCAAGCGAAAGGGGGAUUCUUAUACUAACAAAUCAUAUAUUACUGCUGGUUGAAGGCUUAUGUAGUCACUUUUGUUUCACCAAAAAAUUGGUUGUAAGCCUUUUAUUGUAGCAACAGCAAUUGACCUGGGUUCAUGAACACAAUAACUUUUUUUGCACAAGAAGUUUGUACACUCCUAAAUGGGAUUUAAGUGUCAGUACGGACACAGCAUCUCAAUGGUUGGACUCGUACUGUUGACUAGUCUGUCUCCCACUCGUGCUUCCACUCAUCAGUAAUGCUGCCUGUUUGCACUUGGUAUUCACUUUUGCUGGUGAUUUGGUUUCAGAAAUCUUGAACAUUGUCUAGCACUGUUUAGUUUUUAUUGCACUGUUGGCAAAGUGAGCAAUACAUUGGUGAUGGCUAUUUUGUAGAGACCCCCAACAACUACUAUGUUAUUGAAGUGUUACUCAGAUGCUUCUUUGCUGUUCCUUCGGAAUAAGGGUUGGGGGAAUCCAAGCUGAGCACUUCAGGUAAUCUGAUUUGCAGCAUUAAUUGGCUGGAUCUGAUCAGUCAGAUGAUUUUUACAAAAUGGUUUGAGAUCAUUGCCUGAUGGGUGGUGAAUGUCUAGUCAAGCUCAUUGGCACUUUGUGAAGACUGAAGUCUGAAUUAACCAUCACUGCUGUAUUGUUAGUAUAAUAGAUCACCAAGAAUCUUUUUCUAAACAGUAUUUUCAGUGAAGCUCCUAUUUAAACAUCAGUUGACAUGAUUUUGUAAACUUGAGGUGCCUUAAUGCCUUCAGCCAGCAAGUUUAACUUUGGUUUGUGAUUCUUUGUCAGGACUUGCUGUUCAGCCUUUAGUGCUGUAACUACUGCCACUCAGGCUUUAGAAGUGCCCAGCAAUUACUGAAACCCAAACAAGUGCCUCUUGAGCUAUUUGUACCCCGCUUCACCUUUUUGUAUAAAAGUGUAACUGUUCAAGCUAGCAUUUACAGCUAAGCUUGUUCAAUUGUAUUUUAUUGUAAGGAAGACUUAAUAAAAGACACAUUGCAAUCCAAA